AUGUUAUCGAACCCACCAACGCCACGAACUAACUAUACUAGAUAUAUACAUAUACCCUUUACUCCCCCCCUCUCCUACUGUCAAUCAAAACAACAACUGGAGCCAUUUCAACUUCAACUUUUGAUUUUUUCUUUGCAGCUGACACUUGUGUCUCUGACUUUGGUCUCUUGGGGCAAUGCCAGCCAGAGUCAGUAUCACAUUCAAACGGAUGAGGGACCCGAAAGAUAUUUCCGCUUCCAAACGGACAAUGGACAGUUUCGUAAAGAGAAACGUUUGCAGGAUGGCACAGUAAUUGGUACUGAAGCUUGGAUCGAUGCAGCUGGUUUCCUUAGACAAAAGGACUAUAUAGCUGAUAAGCAAGGCUAUCGUAUACUGAAAUCGAAAACCAUUUUCGUAGGUCAAGGACGAGGCAUAGAGGAUGCCAUUAAGUCUACCAAGGCAGCUCCAGCUCAAUCGGGAGUUUUGGUUGACGGCAAUGCUGGUGGUAAUAGCAUAGCUUCCUCCUCUGGUUCUGGCUAUCAGAAGGCUGGCUAUGUAUAUGCUUCGACAACAACAACAACGACCACACCUGCUCCAGCUGUUGCUAUUCCUUUGGAGUACGAACAAUCGGCCAUAUUGGCAUCGGGUGUGGGCAAGCUAAACUACUUGCCACCCGAGCAGGCAGCACAAAUUGAGCCCCAAACCCAAUUGGGUUUCGAUCAUUAUCCCGAUGAGUUGCCCAGAGCCAGGGAUCAGUUGCUAUCGGUCUCGCCAGUGGUGCACAUACAGCCCAAUUCGGAGCCUUUGGAUGAGCUGCCGAAUGCCAUCAAUGUGUACGAUGAAGAGGCCGAUCGUGCCUUUGGCCAUGGUCAGUUUGGAUCGGUCAUAAGUUCCACGACGACAACGACGACAACGACAACUCCUCGGCCUACUUCGCUGUAUACUCCAUCAUUGGAUAUGCUGCCGCCCGCCUUCAGUUCACAUAGACGUCGCCUGCGUCCGCGUCCGCGUCCAUCGGCCAUUGCCAUAGUGGCCAGCACUCCGUCUCCAAUAUCGUCUCAGGAAGCCUUUGCCUACUCUACUCCAAAACCAUUUGCCGCCCCGCCCCCACAAUUUCCGCUCCAUGUGGACACUGGUUAUCAGUAUGUGACGCCCCCAACUGUAAGUGGCUACUCACCCCUGGAGGUAAAUUCGCUAGACACUGCUCCGGCCCUUUUGCCACCGUUGCCCGAUCGUGCCUAUCGUCGACGACUGCGGCCAGUGCAUUCCAAUCACUUGGACUCUGCAGCCGAAUAUGAUGGUGUGAGUGUUAAUCGGAAUGGUUUCCGCUAUGUCCUGCCCAAGCAAUACCACGAGGAACAGCAAAUUGGUGAGAAGAGAGCCGGCAGUUUUGGUUAUGUUGAUCCAUUUGGCAUACGCCGUGUGGUCUAUUACAAUGCCUCGCCAGGACGUGGAUUUGUGCACAGGAAUAACAAUCAAUUUGUGGGAGCCAAUGGAGCGCCCUACGAUGAGCCGGGACCAGCUCAGUUGGUUAACGAAUAAACGAAAUGACUAGCUAAUACCGAUCGCUAGAAUGAUCAUACCAAUUAACCAAUCAAUCAUAAACACCCACACACUCACACACACACACUGCCUCCAGCUGUUCCAAUGCACCAAAACUAACCGGGAAAAACCUCAAAUUGAAGAUGAAACCGUAACUGAAAAGUAUAAACAAAGAAGGGUAGUCCAGUCAAAGGAUCCAUUGGCUACCCCCUGACAAAGCCCCAAAAAUCAACCUCACAAAGAUCAAAGAUUUGAUGUAGCAUAAGCAAAGUUGAUUUACAAUAUGUAAAUUCUGUAUUUUUUUUAUUUUUUUUUGUGUUGUGAGGAGGGAUUUUUGAGAGUAUUGUUUAACGUUAACUUUAACCUGUACAUAACCCAAGCUUUAAACUGAUUUCUUUUUUCCCCAAUCUAUAUAUUUUGAACUCUAUGUCAGAUUCGAACCAUUUACAUACACAAACAAAACGAAUAUCUGUGUUAAUUAAUUU